CAGCAGUGCUCGACGAACUGCCCGCCAUGUCGCUAGAGGAGAGACUGAGCAAGGUACGGGACUCGCCGAAGCUACAAAAUCAGCAGCAGAAUGCUGUGGUGCUCUCCGCAAUCGAGGAUACCCUCAAGCAGCAGAAGUCAGAAUUCACACCGACCGCGUAUUUUGCCGCGCUGCUCUCUCUUCUAGGACGUCAGGUUUCGAGCCAAGGCAUAGCGAACAAAGAAACUGCGACGUCUAUUAUCUAUUUACUCGAUCUCGUUACGCCCCACGUCCCCGCGCCGCUGCUGCGAUCGAAAUUCUCAGAAAUCCUCACGAGUCUUGCGCCGGCGCUCACACACCCCGAUGCAGAAGCUCCGCUCCUCCGUUCGUCGAUAGGAUGUUUGGAAUCGCUGCUUGUAGUACAAGAUGCGCGGGCGUGGGAGCUCCCACAUACCCAGAUUAGCCCACGAAGGGCUGUCGCGGGGCUUUUACAGAUCGCGGUGGACCACAGGCCUAAAGUCAGGAAGAGGGCGCAGGAUGCGCUGGCGAAAGUGUUGAACAACCCGCCACCGAGCCCUUCACUCGAUCAUCCUGUUGCGGAUAUGUGCGCGGAGACGGCGCUGAAGAUGUUGAAGGAUAUUGCAGAGGCUGCAGGCAAGACGAAGAAGCACAAAGGACAAAAGGAUGAGCAAAGACGUGAACCGGACCUCAUUCAUGCUUUGCAGCUGAUCAAGACAAUUGCGACUUCAUCCGGAGGUUGGCCGAGCAGGAAGAUCGACGUCCUGUGCGAGCUCCUGCUAAAUAUCUCAAGGUCAAGCAGCGAGUACCUUACCAUGGCUGCAUUUGAGAUCUUCGAGAUUAUAUUCGCAGGUAUGGCGGACGAGGUCUCCUCGGCAAAGCUCCCACGACUGCUUGAAGUCAUUUCGGAGCUGCAGCCUUCGAAGAACGACACACAGCUGCUUCCUCCCUGGAUAGCAGUCAUCUCCAGAGGAUAUGAAGUCUCCGCGCAUAUUGAACCCGAGGAUACCUUUAUGAAACUUCCCGAACUCUUCACCACGAUAUCCAGCUACCUUGAAUCCUCGUCGCAUAAUAUCCGCGUUUCCGCCUCGGAAUGCUUGAUUUCCUUCCUAGUGAAUCUUAUUCCGGACAGUGUAAUACUCGAACCAUCGAUCUAUGAUGAGAAGAUUUUGGAGAAGGUGGCGAAGACGGCUCAGGAUUUGCUGAGCGUCAAGUAUCAGGCUGCUUGGAUGGAGGUCUUCAGCAUGCUUUGUGCUAUGUUUGAAGCUCUCCGGUGGCGCUCGGAUCCAAUCCUCAAACCCGUCCUGAAGAUCGUUGGAGAGCUGAGGAGUAAUGAGUCUUUCGCCGGAAAGAAAGAGGCUGACACGGUGAUCUCAAGAGCGAUUGGUGCUAUGGGCCCCGACGUGGUGCUUGAAGUGCUACCCUUGAACUUGCCUAAACCGCCGCCAGGCCAGACAGGCAGAGUAUGGAUGCUACCACUACUCCGCGAUGCUGUUCACAACACUAAGCUGGCGCAUUUCAGAGCGGAGAUGGUACCGCUUAGCGAAACGCUCUUCCAGAAAGUUAUCGACCACGGCGAGAGAGAGAAGACGAUGGAGGUUAAAAUUUUCGAGACAGUGGUUCAGCAGAUAUGGUCCAUCCUACCAGGUUACUGCGACUUACCGCUCGAUCUCACUGAGGCCUUCGACCAGAGCUUUGCGGAGAUGCUCGCAAAUAUCUUGUAUGGACAAGCAGAUCUGCGGACGGAUGUUUGUAGAGCGCUGCAGCAUCUCGUCGAUAGCAACAAAGCCAUUGUUGAUCUAGAAGGAGAAGAGGAUCUCGUGGCACAGGCACGUAUUUCGAAAGCCCAGGCGAAGAAGAACCUGGACUAUCUAGCCGGGUUUGCGAGCAACAUGCUUGCGGUCCUGUUCAACGUAUACAGCCAGACUUUGCCACACUACAGAGGUACCAUUCUCAGGACAAUAAAUGCUUAUCUGAGCAUUAUUCCAGAGAAGGAGCUCAUGGAGACCUUCGAGCGAGUUGCGACUAAUCUUGAGGCUGCAUUACCGGAGUCGAAGCCCCAGAAGCAGGCCGACAGGGAGAAAGACAAGUCACAAAACAGGAUGCCGCCAAUGAGCCACACACUCAUGGAUCUUAUCAUCACGAUAGCACUCUAUCUUCCCCGAGAAAGCUAUCCUUCGCUCUUUCGAAUGGCCACCAUAAUGGUCAACAAAGAUGAUGAUCCGCAGUUGCAGAAGAAGGCUUAUAAACUUAUUCCCCGACUGGCGGAGUCGGAGCUCGGAAAAACCGCCCUUCGAGAACGGAACGCUGAACUCCAGCACCUGAUGCUUCAAAGUGCUGAGAAAGCUUCCAAACCCGCACGAAGAGAUCGGCUGCUCGCUCUAUCCCAAAUCAUUGAGUCUCUACCUCAGACAGAUCUACACUUCAUCCCCUCGAUACUCUCGGAAGUGGUCAUCUCUGCCAAAGAGGUGAACCAAAAGGCCAGAGAAGCCGCUUACGAGCUUCUCAUUGCCAUGGGGGAAAAGAUGGCGCAAGGUGGCACUGUUGUCCAGUCCAAAGUACCCAAUAUGCCCGCAGAUGCACCGUCUGUCGAGGCGUCUCUGGAGGAGUACUUCACUAUGGUAUCUGCCGGUCUUGCAGCCUCUACACCACAUAUGAUUUCCGCCUCGAUUACCGCUGUCACCCGGAUACUGUUCGAGUUCCAUACAAGGAUAUCCACAGAGACGAUACAGAACCUCCUGGAGCUAAUGGAUAUCUUCUUGCAGAAUCCCAACCGCGAAAUCGUGCAAAGCGUACUUGGCUUCGUCAAGGUGGAGGUGGUCUCGCUCCCUGAAUCGCUCAUCAAACCGCGUCUCAGUGCAUUGCUUCCCAACCUCAUGAUCUGGAGUCACGAGCAUAAAGCAGGCUUCAAAUCCAAGGUGAAGCACAUCGUCGAGCGCUUGGUGCGCAAAUUCGGAGUUGAAGAAGUGGAACGCGCCUGUCCGAUGGAGGACCGCAAGCUCAUUACCAACAUCAGAAAGACGAAGGAGCGCCGCAAGAAGAAGAAAGCACAAGCGGAGGACGACGAUGAGGCUGACCAGGAGCGGCCGAAGGGGAGAUUCGAAAGCGAGUACGACCAAGCCGUGUACGGUAGCGAAAGUGAGGAGAGUGAAGAGAACGACUCUGAAGAUGAAUUCGUCAAGGGUCAGAGCCAACAACGGCGCGGCAAAGCAAAGGGAGGAAAAACAUACAUCGUCGAAGACGAAGACGAGCCGCUCGAUCUAUUGUCUAAGCAUGCGCUGGGCAACAUCUCAUCGACAAAACCACUCCGGCAACGGAAAGUGCCACAGACGAGAACGAAAGCUCGUACGAACGAAGAUGGCAAGCUCAUCAUCGGCGACUCAGAUUCCGGGGACAAGGGUGGGGUCCGUAUAAAGAAAGGAGGUAGACACGUCGACGACGAAGACGCCCUCAUGGACGUCGACAACGACGCUAUUUCCCUUGAAGCAGGUAUUAAUGCGUAUGUUGACGCUAUCCGCGGCCGUGAUGCAGCCCAGCGGGGCCAGAAAGGCAAGCUAAAGUUUAGCAAUAAGAGGAGGGAAGAUGAGGAUGAAAUGGACAUUGAUAGCGAAGAUGACAAGGAGGCGAGGAAGGCGAAGGCUGGUUCCGGCAUAGGCAGGGGCGAUAAGGGUGGAUUCAAGAGCCAGAGGAAGGGGCUAGGCAUGCAGAAGGUGAGGGGUGGGAAUCAGGGUGCUAACGGCACGAAGGUGCGGGUAGAGAAAACGAGGAGUCCGAAGCAUAAGGGAUUUGGAUCUAAGGGCUUUGCUGGCCCUCGAUAGAUGGGUCGGUGUGGUAGGAUGGGGGAUUGAUGAGGGGGUGUUUUCUUUUCAAUGAAGACG